UAAUUGCGAGCGCCUGGGUGGUUUUCGGCAGUUUCCUGCCAUCUUUCUGACUGAAGGCUUAUCAUCUAUCCGACCCGUUUCACCUUACGCACAAUGAGUGCCAAAGCCCUUGUAGGCAUUGAUCUGGUUUUCGCUGGAGAGCUCGUAUCUCAGUACAGUUCUGCUUGUGACUCAGGGUUAGUUCUGAGGCUUGGUUACAUCUCGUGUUUAGAUUCGCGUUCAUUGCAACCCACCUAUUUCAUCCGAAGAGCAACGUUUUCAGCCAUCCUUCAAUACCGGACUUUUCGAGUAUUCCAUCUACCCGUUCCGAUCUCGUUUUUCAAAAAGAUGGUAAGCUGUCUGGCUGCUUUUUUUCACAUACUCCUUUUACUCCAAAGGAAAGAGCAUUGUCAGGUCGAUUGUUGGCAAGGUCUCAGCCGACAUUGAUGUGGACUCGACAGAUUCCGUCAUACAAGCAUCCAGUGAGUUAACACUUCAGAAGGAAUUGAGCUGGGCGGUUCACUUGGGACUGCCAGCGAUCAGUCUCCAGCUAACAAGGCCAAACAAUAUUCGGCUUGCUCGACUGCUGACAAACUUUAUUCGUACUGAGUACAACCCGGUGAAGCUUUGGAUCACACUGCCCAUGUGGAUAGAAAAAAAUGAGCUGACGGAGUCCACUGCUAAUGAUGGUGACACUCUUCCCAGCUCCAAACAAUCGCGGAGUCCUGUUGAUGACACCCCGUGGCACUGGUGGAUGCGAUUGUCCACCUUAGCGUCUGAUAUAUCGGACGCACUGGGCGUUGUCCUCGAAGUGCCCAGUAACCUUCCCGAUGAAUCUGUAAUCGCCCGAUGGCUUAGUGAGCCGGUGGUUUGUUUGAGGCUCCGGACCGAUUUAUUUCUAACCAAUUCCAAAGGAUUCCCCGUCCUUCCACGGAGUCAUCAACACUUGUUAAGACGGUUCUUCAAGCUGAAUGUACAGCUCCUCCUUGUUGGUGCCUGUCGUCAUGAUCAAGGUUUCGUAUGCUAUCAGAAGUACCUUAUGUGGCUUUGGAAAAACCAAGGUGAACCGGACAUCUAUGAACAGCAGUCCAAGGGGUUUGAAGACCAGCUUCAGGAGCCUUUGCAGCCUUUGCGAGACAACCUGUCUUCCACUACUUAUAGCAUUUUUGAAAUGGACCCGUACAAAUACGAUGCCUAUGAAAAGGCUAUCUACCUGGCUCUCCUACAUCGUUCUCGUAAAACCAAUGAACCAACCGUCCCAAACGGACCCACGUCAGAAGUUCUGGCCGAGACAGGUGAUAAGCCAACAUCAGUUUGCCAGGUAAUUAUGGUUCUUGGUGCGGGUCGAGGACCAUUGGUCAACGCGGCUUUGAACGCUUCAGAAAAGGCUGCAUGUCCUGUUAGAAUCUACGUUGUUGAAAAGAACCCCAACGCGCUGUUUAACCCUUCAGGUGACCAACCCUCAGCCGACAAGAUCUCCAAUGAGGAUUUAUUUGGACUGGUUCCCGUUCGAUCGGUUUGCUUGGGGGGAGGUGUGUGGGUCCGCUGUAAUUUCGUUUAUAGUUUUAACUUUGAAACGCUUCGGUCCGUGCGAUCAGCUGUUUUGAUCAUCACACUGCUCACUGAUCGCAUGACACAUGAGUGGCGCGGAUUGGAUGUCCAUCUGGUCAGUGGAGACAUGCGUCGGUUGAAUAUGCCGGAAAAGGCGGAUAUCUUUGUCAGUGAGCUGUUGGGUUCCUUCGGGGAUAACGAGCUGAGCCCGGAAUGUUUGGAUGGUGCUCAACCAUAUCUCAAAGCGGACGGUAUCAGUAUCCCCUGUUCAUACACUUCCUACGUGGCACCACUCCAGUCCUUGCAAUUCCACAAUGAGACAAAACGAUCCAGGGAUCCGACCAGCUGUUCGCGCAUCAAUUCGGCUCAUGAUACGCCGUUUGUCGUGCGUCUCACAAACUGCCAAAUUCUUUCCGAACCUCAACCUGUUUUUACAUUCGUUCAUCCAAAACCUGAUCCCCGUGAGUCGAAUUCUCGCUUCGCCACUUGUACAUUCCUCAUGGAACACGAUGCAGUGGUUCAUGGAUUGGCCGGUUACUUUGAAGCAACGCUGUUUGGAGACGUGACGCUCAAACGUGGUCGCUCAACCUACCGUAUUGACUGGGCAGACGUCAAACAUUUAAAACGAACGCGAUUUUCACGUGGAAAUAAGCAUUCAGCAGUAGCACCCUCUCAAUGCCGUGCUACCACAAGGAAGCCCGAUGGCUGGGACACUGCCAGGUUGCCUAGACAGGGGAGUCGCGAGACAGAGGUCGGGUUUGAACUACGCACCUUCCUGUCAGUAAAUUCGCGCACUAACCAUUGA